AUGGCCAAUUCACCCUCAUCAACGGACAGCGACGGCCUCAGUGCCCCGCUGGCUACGAUGACCGCGGACACUCUCGGCAGCCCGUCCUCAGCUGCCGCAACGACCAACCCGGCGAACGACCAGGAGCCGGGAGGCUCCCCUGCCCUCCUCCACUACGCCUUCACUUCUGGAGAUAUCGAAGUCGUGUCGUCUGAUGACGUGCACUUCCGUCUCAAACUCUCGAUCCUGCAGCAACACUCCCCCGUCUUCCAAGACCUGACCGACCUCCCUUUGCCUCCAAACUCUACCCGUCUUGUCCCGUUCACGAACGCUUCGGCCCUCACGCUCGAGAUCCUGCUCUGCGCCCUCGACCCGGCAAAGGAUGUUCGCCCCGUUCCUUCCGUCGCAGUAUUCCAUCAGCUCUGCGGACUGAUUGACGCGUAUGAUAUCAGCUUGGUCGGGAACGGCGUCGUCGCAGCCGUUGAGCUGUCUGGCCUCGACCUUUGCCUCAAGUAUCGUUUCGCAUGCUCGCACAACCCUGAGCGCAAGAAGUACUGGGCCAUGGGAUGCCUCAGUGACCAUCACUUCUUCGCCUCGAGAAGCACCGACGCAAGGCUGCUCAAGGCGGACUAUUCAAAUGCCCUCGAUACCUUCUGGGAAGCCUUCAAGGACAGGCAGGUGGGAGGCAAAGACUGCUUCAACAAGAAGUGUUGGGCGAGCUACUGCGGCACCUUUGCUGCAUUCCGCGGCCAGUGGAAAGACGUCAAGAGCGAUAUUGCAGAUGCUCUGUUCAACGCCCUGAAGGAAGUACCGCUUUGUUCAGGCCGUGCCGUGGUCAUCUCUGUCAUCGGGGGCCAGAUUAGCUGCGACCGCUGCAGGACUAGGCUCACGAAGCACGGUCUCCACUAUUGGGAUAGACUGGUUGCAAGCGGACAGUGGGUGUCGGACGAUGCUGCCGAGUCGUAG